CUCUAGGUAAGACUUGGUUUCCACAACAGCAGCUAAGCAUUGUCAGACAGAUGUCUCCGACUCCAGCCUGUUCCAGAGUUGUGUUCAGUUUCAAUGCAGGUGGCAGACACUGUGGAAAACUCUUGAUGAACACUGAUAAGGGAAUGAUUAAUGCAGCCGCGGACUACCCUCGUUCUCCUGUGCGCGCAGGAAGAGUGUGUGUGGACCUGCUCUGCUCAUGUGUGAUCAGUUACACGCGGUGUGGGAAGCAAUGCUUUAGAGACUGACCGGGGACAAGGCGAUGCCAGUGAUCUUUGACCUGUCCAUCUCACCUGUCCAUCAGAUCGUAGAGCAUGGGGUGUACGGCCAGCACACAGGUCCAGCCUCUCAACCCCCUCCUCAACACAACAUGCAGCUCAAAAGAUGGAUUUAACAAUGUACUAAACAUCCAGACGACGCAGGAAAGUGCUGAGCUCCUCCCAGCAGGAAGUGAGCCCGACCCUACCCCAGCAGUUACUGACAGGGGCCCAGUAGAUAAUGAGUCUACCCCAGCAGAUACUCUGCCUACCCCAGCAGGUAAUGAUUCUGCUCCAGUGGAUACAGAGUCUAGCCCUGCAGGCAUUGGGCUAAUCCCAGCCGGGACAGACACUAUCCCAGGAGAUACGGAGUCUACUCCAGCAAAUACCAAGUGCUUCGCAGAAGGUACUGAAUCCAUCCCAGCAGGUACCAAGCCUUCUCCAACAUGUUCUGACUCCACCCUAGUGGUUAGUGACCCUAACCCAGCAGGUACUGACACAACAACAACAACAACUUGCACUUAUAUUGUGCCCUUCACACAGGGUGGUAUCCCAGAGCGCUUGUGUAGCACUUGUGACACCAGCCCAUUAGAUACUGAGUCUACUCCUGCAGGUAUUGGGUUCAUUCCUGCAGAUAAUGACUCCACCCUAGAGGCUAUUAACCCUGCCACUGGAGGUACUGAAAGCAGCUCAGUAGGUAUUGAGCCUACCCCAGCAGAUACCAAGCCUACCCCAGCAGAUACCAAGCCUACCCCAGCAGAUACCAAGCCUACCCCAGCAGAUACCAAGCCUACCCCAGCAGAUACCAAGCCUACCCCAGCAGAUACCAAGCCUACCCCAGCAGAUACCAAGCCUACCCCAGCAGAUACCAAGCCUACCCCAGAAGAUACCAAGCCUACCCCAGCAGAUACCAAGCCUACUCCAGCAGAUACUGAGUCUACCCCAUCAGAUACCAAGCCUACCCCAGCAGAUACCAAGCCUACCCCAGCAGAUACCAAGCCUACCCCAGCAGAUACCAAGCCUACUCCAGCAGAUACCAAGCCUACCCCAGCAGAUACUGAGUCUACCCCAGCAGAUACUGAGUCUACCCCAACAGAUACCAAGCCUACCCCAACAGAUACCAAGCCUACCCCAACAGAUACCAAGCCUACCCCAACAGAUACCAAGCCUACCCCAGCAGAUACCAAGACUACCCCAGCAGAUACCAAGCCUACCCCAGCAGAUACCAAGCCUACCCCAGCAGAUACCAAGCCUACCCCAGCAGAUACCAAGCCUUCCCCAGCAGAUAUCAAGCCUACCCCAGCAGAUACUGAGUCUACCCCAACAGAUACCAAGCCUACCCCAGCAGAUUCCGAGUCUACCCCAGCAGAUUCCGAGUCUACCCCAGCAGAUACCGAGUCUACCCCAGCAGAUACCGAGUCUACCCCAGCAGAUACCAAGUCUACUCCAGUAGAUACCAACUCUACCCCAGCAGAUACCGAGUCUACCCCAGUAGAUACCGAGUCUACCCCAGUAGAUACCGAGUCUACCCCAGCAGAUACCGAGUCUACCCCAGCACACACCGAAUCUACCACAGCAGAUACCAAAUCCUCCUCAGUAGGUACUGAGUCCAUUCCAGCAGGAACCCAGCAGCCUGUAGAAGGUGAACCUGCUCCAACAGAUGUCCGACCUACAACAGCAGAUUUGCAGCUCAUUCCAGCGGAUUCUUCAACAGCCCAAGUCAAGAAUGCAGCUGAGCUAAUGGAAAGCGAGACCUCCUUAACAGGCGAAACCCCCACAACAGGCAACGCAACAGACGAAAACCUUGCAACAAACGAGACUCCCGGAAUACACGAGUCCCUAACAGUAGGUGAGACCCCCACAGAUGAAAAUUCUGCAUCAAAUGAGACUCUUGUAUCAGGCAAAAUCCCUGCAAGAGACGAGAUGUCCACAACAACUGAGACCCCCACAGCAUGCGAGUCCCCCACAAGAGGUGACAAUCCUGCAUCAGGUCAGACCCCCGCAAUAGACAAGACCCUCACAACAGGUGAGACCCAAACAACAGGUGAAACCCCUGCAAGAGACAAGAUGCCCACAACAAGCAAGACCCCCGGGACUGGUGAAAACCCUGCAAAAGGCAAUACCUCCACAACAGACAAGACCCCCACAACAGGCGAGAAUGCAGUUGUUGAGACUCUCACAACAGAUAAAUACCCUACACCAACUGAAAUCCCCACAACAGGCGAGACGCCCUCAAUACAACAGACCCCAUCAACAGGACAGACCCCCGCAACAGGUGGAAAUUCUGCAAUAGGUGAGAGCCCGGUGACGAGAGAGACCCCAAUAAGAGACGAGAUCCCCACAACAUACGAGAUCCCCUCAGCAACCAAGACCUUCCAAGCAGCUGGGACCAUCGCGGAGAAUGUGGGACCUGACCAGCCGGGAAAGAAUGACCAUCAGGAGAACAAUAAGGACCACAAAGGAAGGAGUGAGACAGAAUAACCGGCAGACAGAAUUUAUAUAAAAGUCAUUAGAAAAUGUAAAGCUUUCUAAUUCCUGUAUUGAAAAUGUAUAUACUGUACCUUUGUCCAGGUCAGACUGUACGAACCAACCCUUCUGACUGGCUCAUUGCGUUGUAAUGGUGAACAGAACACGAGUCAGUCCUGUGGGUGAGUCAGAAAUGAGUUACUUCAGGACGAUUGUUUUAUAAGAAAUAUUAAAGUGUGAGCUAAGAA